CGUAGAUUAACUACCAUUCCCCAAUCCCAAGUAAACAUGCUCCGUCGGGCAUUUCCUUCUACUUUCAACUUGUUCUCCGCCAUAGCCUUUUUUUUUUUUUUUGGCUAAUAAAAAUUCUUCGCCAUAGCUUUAAAGCCUGCAUUAGCUAAGAAUUUGGCUCCAUUCACCACCCAAUACAAGAACGUGCACUCCCCAUUUUUCCUCUUCUUCUUUGGGAACUUCAAUUUUAAAACCAUCGAAAGUAAUAAGCUCUUAUUAAAAGCCGUUUUUUUUUUUUUCCCUUUUUCCUAUUAAGGAAAAGUGAGAAGAAAGUAAAAGCGGCGCACGUUAGCAACCUUCUACUUCUAUAUUCGACUGGCGGUGCGUAUGGCGCGGCAGCACGCACUUUAUUCAUGGGACACGGAGUUCGUCCGCAGGAGAAAGACGCCGUAGUGGUAAUUCGGCGCACGCUAGCGUUUCUUCCCCCCAAUUACGGCGGCGCAUUCUAACGACGCCGGCGCACGAUAGCAACCUUUACGCGUGGCAUGGGCAAUCACUCUCUAAUUGCUUUGCCAAGUUACAAACUUUAUACCAUUAUCUCGCUCUUUCUUUCUCUAGAAAAAUUACUUCGAUUCAAAUCUUUCCUUCUUCAUUGCUGAUUUUGUCUUGUAAUGAAGCAUAUGAUGGCAAUGUAGUAAUAUCAGAAACUCUUAGCCUGUGGGGCAUUUACUCCCAGUCUCGGGUUCUUAUUGUGUGGAUACUCCGGAAACAGAUUGAUAUUUGUUGUUGUUCGUUCUCGAUUCAUCGUGCAUUGAGAACCCGUGAUAAGAUUGUACACAACAAAAGUAGGUUGGUCCCUAGGCAAUAAAAUGAAGAAACCGGAGAACCACAAAACUUAUUCAACUAGGGAUGUCGUGCCUACUAGUGAACUCUGGACUGAUGGCCUUAUAUGUGCUUUUGAAUUCAUUAGAGGCCCAAAGAAAGCGGUUGCAUCAAAAUCUGGUUCUAGAACCCCAAGCAGACAACAAACCAAUGGGGAUCAGUCAAGGUUGCGUGUGCCUUCUAAUGGACUUGCUGCGGAUACUUCAUUUCUGAAAUUAGAUAAUGCCAAAGUAGUCGAGACCGCAUCCCUGAGUGAGGUCAGAAGCAGUAAUAUUGGUUCUUUAGGUGACGACAGAGAUAGCCCGGUUCAUCCGUCGGGACAGAUUCAUAGCUUUGAAAGACAUGAAGGGAGUUAUUGGGUACCAAUUGGGUGGGCUAGGAUUUCGGAACUCGUGCAAACUGUACAAAUUGGUGCUAAUUGGGCUUCUCAGCAGUUCGAUUUCCCAGAUGAUGAAGAUGACCUCACUGUUGCCGAUUUAGCUGCUCCAUACUGGGAGCGCCCUGCAGGGCCGGUAUGGUGGUGCCAUGUCUCUGCUGGUCAUCCCUAUGUUGAGGCAUGGCUCAGCAGUGCUCAGUGGUUGCACCCUGCUAUUAGUGUAGCAUUAAGGGAUGAAAGCAGACUGAUAAGCGAAAAGAUGAAACACCUACUUUAUGAGGUCCCAGUUAGAGUUGCCGGAGGGCUGUUAUUUGAGCUCUUGGGACAAUCAGCUGGUGAUCCAUAUGUUGAUGAGGAUGACAUCCCUAUUGUGCUUAGAUCUUGGCAAGCCCAAAACUUCCUAAUAACUGUAUUGCAUCUAAAAGCACAUGUAUCAAGUGUAAAUGUGCUGGGCAUUACAGAAGUUCAGGAACUUCUUUCUGCUGGAGGCUAUAAUGCACCGAGAACAGUGCAUGAAGUUAUAGCACAUCUAGCUUGCCGACUAACUCGAUGGGAUGAUAGGUUGUUUCGCAAGUCCAUAUUUGGUGCGGCAGAUGAGAUUGAAUUGAAGUUUAUGAACAGGAGAAACCACGAGGAUCUGAAUCUUUUCAGUGUAAUUCUGAAUCAAGAGAUCAGAAAGCUGUCAAGACAGGUUAUCAGAGUGAAGUGGUCACUUCAUGCAAGAGAAGAGAUCAUCUUUGAGCUUCUCCAGCAUUUGAAAGGAAUUUCCGCAAAAAGCUUGCUAGAAGGAAUCAGAAAGAGUACAAGAGAAAUGAUCGAGGAGCAAGAAGCUGUUCGUGGCCGGUUGUUUACUAUUCAGGAUGUAAUGCAGAGCACUGUCCGCGCAUGGUUACAGGACAGAAGCCUUAGAGUGACGCAUAAUUUGGCGGUCUUUGGGGGCUGUGGUCUAGUUCUUUCCAUAAUCACCGGGCUCUUUGGAAUCAAUGUUGAUGGAAUCCCUGGGGCUGAGAAUACGCCAUAUGCCUUUGGUCUUUUCUCAGGCGUCCUCUUCUGUCUGGGAAUCAUCCUAAUUGUGGUUGGGCUGGUUUAUCUUGGACUAAAAAAUCCUGUGGCUGGACAGCAGGUUGAAGUUAGGAAGUUGGAGCUCCAAGAAUUGGUUAAGAUGUUUCAGCAUGAGGCAGAAACUCAUGCCCAGUGGGAAAGACACCAAGAGACUGUAGCAGAAGAGGAUGACACUCAUCGUACGUCAACCUGAUCGAUGGGUGGAAAUCUGGUUUACUCUAGGAGCAAUAAUAGUGAGAAGGAGCUGUUCAGAAGAAUAAUAACAAUCUGCACUUGAAAGAGAAGACAAAGGGAAAAAAAAAGGAAGGAAAAAAACAAAAGAAACAAAAUAUAUAAAAAAAAAAAGAGGAAAAGAAAGCUAGUAUAUUAUUCUAAUUGAAAUGCCAAUUUAAUUAUUAUUGUGCCGCUUGAAAAUCUAAUUAUGUUAUAUUAUUGUUAUUCCAUGUUUUGGUUGUAAGACUUCGAAUAACUCAUGUUUCAUCAUUAUCCUUUAAUAACCAAGGAAACCCUCAGACAUGAAGAGUGGUGCUUUCAUACACUAAUGAAAGAUGUAACGA